CCAUCCAUCCAUCUUCACAACAUUUCUCACACAAAGUGCGUCUGCAUCCAGGUAUUGGCAAUUACACACGAUAGCUUGCCAGUGGAGCGACAAAUUUUCGGUACAAAAAGAGGUGAAGUGCGUGUAAAAAUCCAUAAAGUAUGAAGCUAGCAUUUAUAAAAUACUUAUGUGUUUUUAAAGUGAAAUGACAGGCUUUGUCGAAGUUUAUAUUAGUUGCUUUAACUUCCAAAUACAAUUUCCAAUUGGAUAAAGGCCGAUACUCAAUACUGAAGUUAGUGUGCAGACAUCUAUCCAUCUUGCCAACAAAAUAAAAAUAAUUAUAUGUAAAUAAAAAGGGAAAGAAAGAAAAAAUAAAAUAAAACAAAAAGCCUGCCGGCUAUAAUGCAAUAAAUUUAUUUGCUAUCAAGUGAAAAUAAUUAUUAUAAAAAAAUUUGCCUAUUUGAUGAUACACAGAAAAAAAAUCUAAGGAGACGCCACUCCUUUUGCAAAGAAAAUUGCUGGUGUUUGUUCCCGUUUUUCUGCACAUCCUCCACUUGACGCUUGCUGCUCUCGACGACGAAGGCGGCAUCGUCGACGACAACGACGACGACAUCCUUUUGGGGUUAUCCUUGUGGUGUACUGUCAAUAACGCAGUGGUGGUGGUUUUAAAUAUUUGCUGCAAAUCGAACAGAGCGCUCAGAAAUACAGAAAUCAAGUGACGGGAUAAAACGAAUUGAGGAAUAUGUUCAAAAAGUGACAAAUUUAAAAAAAUAAUAAUAAUAAUAAAUGUGAAGAUCUACUUAUCAAUAAAGGGAUAAUAUCUCAAGUGUUUCUUCUGUAGCUCGAGAAAAUUGGGAAUAAGGGAAUACAAUAUUCGUUUAGAUCACUUUGGUAUAACAAUCUCGUACAGCAAUUAAUUUCAUCAAGAUUGGAGCGGUCUGCUGCUACACAUACUUGAAGAAAAAAAUUGAAUUUCGCACAUAUUCAUGCAAACCACGAAGGUUUGACUGACUGAGAUCAGCAAGCGGACAACUUUUGGGGCGGUAAACCGAAGCAAAUCACCCAACCCGAUAUUCGUCCCUCUCUAUAUUCAAUCAGUCAAGCCUUAAGUCGGUCCUAUCGAACAAAGGAAAGAGAUCAAACUCCGGCAAAAUUGAAAUUUGCAUAUGCUUUUGUUGUUUUUCGUUGUUGUUUUUGAUACUUAUAAACUGCUCUGCUUCUUCUUGCCCUGCUCCAUCUUUGCCACCCCUUUGCAACUAAAUCGGCACUUUACAAGUCGUGGUUCAGUGCGCAGCUGCACAACACCCAACUCGAAAAAGAAAAACAAAACCAUAACACAUUACGUUUGUUUUGAAUGAAACCGAAAAUGGAUGUAAAGAAAAAAUAGAAACUGAUUACUUUUUUGUUUUUGUAUUUGGAAUAUAAGAAAAGUUGCAAACACUACAAAUCGACCAAGAAAAUCUUGAAGAAAAAAAUAAGCAAAACAUACAACUUUGUUGUUAUUGUUAUUGUUUUCGGUACUCACAGCUGCAAAAACAGAUAUCAUUGCUGCCUGCUGCACUGGUGUGAAGGGUCCCCAACGCAAACCAUUCAGUUUAGGCUAGCCGCAUAGAGAGCGCCCAGUGUUGUGCCCUCUCUCCAAAUACAAGAGACGGCCUUGCUGGUUGGACACGGCUGGCCCCCUAAACCGCUGUAACAAACGGCAGGCACACACAUGGGCAAAAUGCUACAACAGGCAAAUGCAUUGACAGCCACAACAACAACGACAAAAGAAAUAUAUUGCAUUAGUCCCCUCAGUUGUGUGUUGCACCAGCAGCAGCUAAAGCUCCAACAACAUCAACUACAGCUAACAUCCUCAAAGUCGCUACAACUUCAGUUGUAAAUCAACACGACAGUGGUGAGGAAAGGCGCACAGCACAGCGGGCUCACACCCAAACAAACAUCCCAUUGCUGCCAAACAACCGCCACCCAUCGCAUUGCACACCACAGAAAAAACUUCCAUACAUCUUGAGACAGUGAGAAUAAGAACAACUUAGAAACCCCACUCACUCUCUUUGGUACACGCAAACCUACCAUUCGUUGUUCUUCUACAUAUGUAUCUAUGCAUGCAUGGGGACACACGAGGGGCAGGCAUUUAUUACAACGAAGAAUAAUUUUUCGUAUUAAAACAAAUAAAGAAACACAAAAAUAUGUAAAUAUUAAGGAAAAGCAACCAAACAAACAAACGGUAAAGGCAACAACAAUAAACAAGAGACUAAGAACUGAAUUUGUUCUCAAAAAAAAAAAAAAAACAACAACUUAGUAAAUAUUUAUCAGGCAGUUAGAGUCUCUCACAGCAAAACAACAGCCAGCAGCCACGACAAACAAUAAAAUAAAAGGAAAUACGAACGAAGGAAGAGAUAAUCAUCCCGAAUAAGCCACUACUAACAUUCUUUGGAAUUCAAGUAAUUACAUCAACAUCUACAACAACAACUACAGCAACAAGAAAAGACUUACAACACAUUCCCGGAACAAAUAUCCAUUGUGCCGCAUCAACCAACGCUCCCUUAAGCAGUAUUCUUUAUUGUUAAUAAAUUUUUAUAGGAAAAAGACUUCUCUUGAACAACUUGCAACUUUUCUAAACGGUCAUCAGCAACCACACAGUCAUGGCCAAUAUGGAGAAGCCCAUGCAACCCGUUGGUAAGGUUUCGCAGAUAGCGAAUCUCUUCCAACGUAAACCCAUUGAAAUUCAGCCAGUAGAACAGCUAAGUGCUGCCGCCGCGGCCGCAGCAGCUGCAGCUGCAGCAGCCGCCGCUGCUGCUGCAAACACAUCGGGUACUCCCGCAACGGUGGUGCGCACAGAAUCCCAUUCGGCUCGAUUCAAUAAUGCCCGAGCCCUCUUCGAGAAGCUAGGAGUUGAAAGUAAUUCAAAUCUCAGUGUUAAACGAUCCGGUUCGCGUGAGGAUAAUCUCUGCGGCGAUAUCAAUAAUACGGAUCGUUCGUCUUCGCGUUCCUCAGAUCGUUCCGUGUCACCACCCAAACGGCGUUCACCAUUUCCGUCCGGCUGUCAAGUCGCUGCCUCAAUGGCCAAUAAUAAUUGUAACCAAAUGAAUGGAGGACUGGCGCCCUCUUUGACAAAUUCUAAAUUCAUAAUGGAGCCAAGUCCAAAAUUCCAACACAAUAUUUCCCGUUUAAAGUCGGAGGAUAGUGUCAACUCUUCCUCCUCGGCGGUGGGCAGUGUAAGUGCCAUAUUGGCGGGCUCGGGAGUAUCCGGCGACAAGCCCGAGAAACCCGAAAGGAAAUUCAAUUCACGUGAAUUGAUUGAGAAACAAAAGAAAUGGACAUCACAUUUCACCAAAACCAAGACAACACGAUCUCAUGGUGAUCUCAACCGUUGCGAUAUCAUACGCACCGGUCCGGGAACCGUUUUAAUACCCAGCUCGGUAAUUCAGAUGAAAGAUUCGUCAAGCAUAACCACAUCGCCACCUCUGAAUAAUCACAAAAUUAGCAAUAACCAAAUCGCUGAGACACGUUCACCGGUUUUGUCCAAUCUGACAAAUCAGGAGAAACCUCCCAGCCCUCCGAUAAGACAUUCGGUGCAACCACCAGAGAUAAAACCAAGGAGUUCCAAUAAAAUUGGCAGUCCGGUCAAGUCGCCACCAUUGCCACCCAUACCGGCAGUGAAGCCGAAAAAUGUCAGCCCUGUCAAAUUCAAUCCGGAACGAGUGCGUUCGCCCACCAAAAACUCCGAACCGCCGCCACCGCCUGCCAAAUCGGCAGCUGUGGCAGCUGCCCAACAGCGUUCGAUAGAUGAACAAAAUGGAAUAGCUCCCAUGCCACCAGAGAAGCCACGUAAAAAAUCCAUUGAUUUGGUGGAGACAGAAGAACGCAUAACACCUUCAUCGCCCACUUUGCAGGCAACUGUCGGCAGCUAUGCCUAUGCUGGCAAAAGGGCCUCCAUUGAUAGUGCCGGCAAUAGUGUAUCCAUAGCCAGUGUCAAUGGCCUUUUGAGCGGCAGCAGCAAUUCCGCAGCUUCACCGGCAGCAAGUGCCUCAUCGGGACCCUCUUCGCCAGUACACACCGAGGAUGAGAAGCAAGAAAACGAAUCAACUGAGAAAUCAGAGAUGCAGUAUUAUCACAGUAUGCCGCGCAGGCGUAAGAGCGAAAAUGAAGGACGCUCUAACAAAUCGGAGAAUCGCCAUAAUCAAGAUGUCACCGACAAUUCGAGCAGCAGCCAAAAUCACAUAACAUCACCACAACGUUCAUCCAAACGCAUCUCAAGCAUUUCCAUAAAUAUGCCAGCAGCCGGUCUAGGUUCGCGACCGCCCAGUAUUGUCUCAUCUUCGACGAGUUUCGACGAGGGCGGUUUCAACGAACCUUCGCCAGAAAUUAAGGCCAAACUAAGGCCCGCCGCCUAUGAAUAUGAAAGUCCCAAACAACAGAGUCGCACAGUUCAACAGCAAAGUCCCACUUCAAAGGCACCCAAAUCCGUCAAAGGUGAUAUGGAUUUAGAGGAGUCUGGCGGCUAUGCCAUUGAGGAUUUGGACGAGGCUGAGACACCCAGUCUCAACUAUGUGGAUGUGGGCUAUCGUUUAAAACCCGAUGGCAGUGAAUCGCGAGAGGUAUUUGGCGAAUCGGAACUCUAUGAUACAACGACCAAAGUCACAGAUAUGCAUAAGAAAUUCCAUGCCAAUGGUUUUGCCCAAGAGACCACCACGGUUUAUGCCAUUAUCAAAACAGAUGCACCCACAACCUCGGAUAUAUUUUAUGGGGCCGGCAAUGUCAGCAAGGAUAAAGAACAACGCGCUACUGUUGUCGUGUCACCCACCAAGACUAAUUCGGGACCGAACUCCUUGAGUGGGUCUCCCAUAAAGGCUGCCAAUUCACCACCCGUGGGCAUUGUUUCGCCCAUACGACGCCGUAGUUCGGAAAUAAGUAUUAAAUCAACACCUCCAAUGUCACCUCCCUUGUCGGGUGGCAGUAAUGCCAAUUCCUCGUCACAUUCACGUUCCAUAUCCUCCAUUGCCAAAGGUAUAGCGCCCAUUGCCUCUCUGGAGGAGACCAAUGAUAUACCAGCUCUGCCAGAACGCCCUCCACCGGCCAUAAAUAGUUCGAAUGUUUUGGAUUUGCAAGAUUUGGAAUAUGCUGACACUAGUGCGGGCGAAGAUGAGGAUGAUCUCAUGCGAACAAUUGAAGGUGACACUGAUUUUGUUGACGAUUUCUAUGUGGCGGAGAAAUGCGUAAAGACACAGGAGACCACUAUGGUAACCACAGAAACUAUAGGUCGUGAAGAUAGUCUACCCGAUGAAAUGACCUCCUACGAGGCAGAGAGAUUGUUGAGCUCAAGAAUUUUGGAAAGCAAAAUAAGGCAACAAUCUCUGCUCUCCGACGAACAAGCCAAAGAAGUUGAACAGAUUCUAUCGGCUGCACCCACGGUAGGUGUUGCAGUUGCAGCAGUAGUUGCUACAGCCACCUCACCCACCCACAUUAAGAAUCUCAUAGAAGAAGUUAAGACACAAACCCCUUCACCUCCUGCUGCUGGCGAGAAACGCCAACUUACAGAUUCUAGCCAUUACCAAGAAAAGGUAGUGGUCAACAAACAAUUGGAAGAAGAGGAAAAAGAGCAGGGAGAUUUAGACGAGGGCGACCAAGUCCAACAGGACAAAGAGCGCAACGAAAGUGAAGACUCAGCGGAUGAGCAGGAGUAUACCCUAGAAAGGAUAGAAGACGCCAUUAAACCACAACGAGACUCGGAACAGGAAUCAUACAGCGUAGGAGGAGUAGUGGGUGGCCUACGCCAUGCCAUAGAGGUUGAAGAAGACGUCGAUAAAUACGCUGACGAUGACGACGACAUUGAGGAUGUGGAUAUUGUGGGCAUUGGCGCCACCUCUGUGUGCAUAAACACAACAUUUACAUCGUCCACAGCGACAGACAACGUUAAACAGGAAACAAGUGUAACUGUUACCACUAACAGCACAUCAAAAACAACGAACUCAUCCUCUCAACAUAUUCCCAAGUCCAAUGAUGAUGACGAACCCGAAUGGCUGCGCGACGUUCUAGAGGCUCCCAAGCGUAGUCUAGAGAAUUUGCUAAUCUCAUCAACACAAAGUGGUGGUGGCAACGACAAACAUUCCUCGGAAAGGGUUUCUUCACCACCAACAGCACAACCAACAGCGACAAAUGAUGUGGUGGUAGUGACCACAGCUUCCAAAGUUGAAACCACAUAUGAUGAGGCUAACGACAGCACCACCGUUUAUAUAGCAGCCUCGAAUCAAGCAAGCGAGCAUCAGCGAUAUCAAACGCCGCACAACCAAUCCUUGGAAGGCCAUGACCAAGAGUCUUUGCUAAAUCGAACAUUCAUUCAAGAUUCAACAGCCAAUAGUACAGCGACAUUACAUGGCCAUUCCAAUGCUGAGUCAUUGCAUGAAUCCAUUGUUUCCGUUGAAUCCACACAAUCGGAUGCCACCUUUAACCAGACCACUACGGUCGAUGACAGUAUCAUAUCGAGCAAACACAAUUCCACUUAUUCCCUGAAUGAACCGCAAUCAUUGAAUACAACCAACACCAGUAUUGCACCCACAGAAUUGGAUGAUUCACAAUUUUACAUACCUGAGUAUCCGCCAGUAAGAAGCAAAGAAGUCUAUGUGGAAUCGGGAGUGCAUUACUUUGAAGAUGGCAAUUUUUGGAUGGAAGUACCUGGUCUUUUAGACUUCGAUGAUGACGAACUUUCAUAUCCACCCAUACCGGUGAAGAAAAAUCCCAAAGUACGCUUUAGCUUAGGACCCAUACAAGUCUAUUCAACAUUUUCGGUCAGUGAUUAUGAUCGUCGCAAUGAAGAUGUCGAUCCUGUGGCCGCCUCAGCGGAAUAUGAGCUGGAGAAACGUGUCGAGAAGAUGCAUGUUUUCCCAGUGGAACUUAUGAAAGGUCCCGAAGGUUUAGGUCUCAGCAUUAUUGGCAUGGGCGUAGGCGCCGAUGCAGGCCUUGAGAAAUUGGGUAUUUUUGUAAAAACCAUAACUGAUAAUGGAGCUGCAGCACGCGACGGACGCAUACAGGUCAAUGAUCAAAUCAUCGAAGUGGAUGGCAAAAGUUUGGUGGGUGUAACUCAGGCAUAUGCUGCAUCCGUGUUACGCAACACAUCUGGUCUAGUCAAAUUUCAAAUAGGUCGUGAACGAGAUCCCGAGAAUAGUGAAGUAGCACAAUUGAUACGUCUAAGCUUACAGGCGGACAAGGAGAAGGAGGAACGUCUUAAAAGGCAACAAGAGGAGUAUUUGCGUCGCACUCUUGACUACUCCGAAGACUCGACACAGCCGGUGUCAGCUAACUCUAGCGUCUGUGAAGGUCCCACCAGCCCUGUACAAGUCGAACAUCCAAUGGAGGUCGAGGCCACACACUCCCAGGAGGUAGAGUCUCUUAAGAGACUGCUACAAGAGAGUGAAAUGAGUUGCCUUCUAAAAGAGGACAUAAUUGAAAACCUUAGAAGAAAGCUGGUAAAACUCGAGACAACCGGCAAUGAAAAUGAACUACUCAGCGAACGUUUGCGUCAGAGCGAACGCGAACUGGUCAACAUUAAGAAAGAGGCUUCCAAUCUGCAAAAUAUGCUGCAACAAUCCCAGGCCCAGUAUAUGGCCCUGGAUAAAAAGUACAACAAAGCCAAGCGGCUUGUGCGUGAAUAUCAGCAACGUGAGAUUGACAUGUGUCAUCGGGAGGAGUUCUAUCAGCAAUUGCUGCAAGAGAAGGAUACCGAAUACAAUGCUUUGGUCAAAAAGCUCAAAGAUCGUGUCAUAAAUUUGGAGCAUGAGCUGCAGGAGACGCAGCGUAAAGCUGGUUUCCCUGUCGGUUUGCCCUAUGACAGUGCCACAUUAAAGUUAACGCCACAAAUGAUGCGCAAAACGCCGCCUAAGCCAUUAUUCCAAAAAUUAGAAACAGAAUUAUCGGACACAGAGAUAUCCGAUUUGUCACCAGAUGGUGAUGGAGUUAAGACUGCCACCGUAGAGCGUAAAAAUCCCGUCAAAGAUGAAUUGGACGCUGCAGUGCCACAGCAUGAACUUUUGGAUAGUUCUGCGAGCAAAACCAAAAGUGAUCUCGCUUCCCGUGGUGGUUUAGCUAAUCGUCAAUUACCAUCUGGCACUAAUUCCAAUACCAGUUCGAGUGCAUCGAAUGCAACAACCGCUGUAACAAUAGCCGCUGGCAACAGUACUAACAACUUAUCGAGGCGCACUUUGAGUAACAGCAGCUCGGACUGUGCCCUGGACGACUGCGACGAUGAAGGAGGUGCGCUACAGACAGCAGCGGCGGCGGCGGCAAUGGCCUCCGGUCUAAUGGGUAACACCAACAAUACUAACAACCAUAAUCAUCAUGCUCACAACAACACCAACACGAGUGCGUCCAAUCAUGAACUUAACCUUUCCAAUGGUAUCCAUCAUCAUCCAAGUAAUCUCAUAAAUAAUGGCCACCAUCUUAACAAUGCAAUUAGCCUGGGUGGUAGUAGUCUCGCUGGUCUCGGUAAUGGUGUUGGUAAUGGUAGCACCAGUGGUGGUGGCGGCGGCGGCGGCAGUGUCAUAGCCGGUACCACCACUGCCAUAUUGCUUAAUUCCACCUCCUCCUCAUCGGCAUCCUCGGCUAAUUCACGCGAACAGCAAAUCAAUCAGUUGUACGCCCAGGUUCAUAAAGAUCAUAAGACAUCUGCUUCGCAUACCGGUCUGCCGGGACUCUUCAAAAGCUCUCUGGGCUCGCCCGGGGAGGCCACAUUGAUAACAACCACCAAUACAACAACAAAUACAGCUAGCCCCAAUGAUUUCCAUCGUGGUGGCAUGACAACCUUCGGUACUAGUAAUCGUGAUCUCAAUAGUUCGUAUGAUUCAAUUUUAGGCUCAAAUGACAAGCUAUCCGAAAAUGAGCACUCAUCGGAUAAUUGGAUGUAUCCCAGCCGACGACGCGUGGGUCCCACGGGCGCUAUUAUAAGUGGCAAGAUACCACCCACCUCAUUUACGGAACAACUAAAUCAGGCAUUAUCGGAAAGAGAAAGACGUUUGGGUGAUGGUUCAUCACGACAUUCCAGCGAUGAUUACACUGAAAUAAACAAAUCCCAAUCGGCGGCGGCUAUAAAUUGCAAAACGCUAAUUAACGAAAUACGACAAGCUGUAAAUGAGGCUCAACCAAAAGUUAAACAAGUUAUUCCUCAAUCUUUAUCUCCGCCUGGUACAGUGCCAUGGCAACAGCAGCAGCAUUCAGUAUCGACACAUAGCAAUGGCCCCCCAUCACCGACCAGUAUGUCCUCCGGCUGUUCAUCGCCUGGUUAUUCUCCCAGUCGGGGGUUGGAUUUAUCUGGCUCUAGUUCGAGUUUCUCCGAUCGUAAGGCAGCUGUUUACAAUUAUAAAGGAGGACCCGUUCAUGAAUGGACCAAAGAACAGGUGGGCCAUUGGCUGUUGGGCAUUGAAAUGGAACGCUAUAUCCCUGUCUUCAAGGAGCACAAUGUCGAGGGCGGUGCUUUGUUAUCGUUAGAUUCGAAAGACUUAAAGACGCUGGGUGUGACCGGCGAUGAUAAACAUCGUUUGAAACGACGUCUCAAAGAUCUCAAAGCCAGCAUUGAAAAGGAGCGCAAGGAUCAAGAGCGUGAAAGACGGGAACGAGAAAAGGCCAUACGUAAGGCGGAGAAGAAGGCGGCCAAAAAGAAAUAAAUAGCAAAUUACGAGGAAGGAAGUCGCGUCGACAAGAAUAACAAACUCAACACAAGAUAUAACAACCAACAAAUUUUAAAACUAAACAAAAAAAAAAAAAAAAAACAAAAAAAUUUCUAAGCUAAUUUAAUAUAGUAAUAGUUUUUUUUUUAAUAUUAUUAUUAUUAAUAUAGAUACGUACAUUCGUAUAUACAUACAUACAUGCAUAUAUAAAUAUA